GGGGGGGAGCGACUACGCAUGCGCACGGGGAGUUGUCUCCCUGACAGGACAGGCCUCAGUUUGGUUUGUUUCCUUUUUUCUGGCCGUGUCUCCUCUAUGGGAGGCGCGCCUCGCUCGUCACCUCAGCAGCCAACGGAAGGAGGAGAGGAGGAGGAGGGAGAGGAAGGCGAGGGCGGAGCGAGAGGAAGAUGCCGGGGAAGCUGAAGGUCAAGAUUGUGGCGGGGCGGAACCUGCCUGUCAUGGACCGGGCCAGUGACCUGACGGACGCCUUCGUGGAGGUGAAGUUUGGAAAUACGACAUUUAAGACAGAUGUGUACCACAAAUCUCUCAAUCCUCAGUGGAAUUCAGAAUGGUUUAAGUUUGAGGUGGAUGAUGAAGAUCUACAAGACGAACCUCUACAAAUCACUGUUCUUGAUCAUGAUACUUAUAGUGCUAAUGAUGCCAUUGGAAAAGUUUACAUUGAUAUUGAUCCUCUCCUCUAUAGUGAAGCGGCAACAGUUAUCUCUGGCUGGUUUCCAAUUUAUGAUACAAUACAUGGUAUACGUGGCGAAAUCAAUGUGGUGGUGAAAGUCGACCUCUUCAAUGACUUGAACCGUUUUAGGCAAUCAUCAUGUGGAGUUAAAUUUUUCUGCACUACAUCUAUUCCAAAGUGCUACAAAGCUGUUAUCAUUCAUGGCUUUGUGGAAGAACUAGUGGUUAAUGAAGAUCCAGAAUAUCAGUGGAUAGACCGAAUCCGUACACCAAGGGCGUCAAAUGAGGCCAGGCAGAGGCUUAUUUCAUUAAUGUCAGGUGAAUUGCAAAGGAAGAUUGGCUUGAAGGUACUAGAAAUGAGAGGGAAUGCUGUUGUUGGCUACUUGCAGUGUUUUGAUCUGGAGGGAGAAUCUGGACUAGUAGUACGAGCCAUAGGAACAGCCUGUACCUUGGAUAAAUUAAGUAACACACCAGCAUUCUUACCCACAUGUAAUUCCCCAUCCAAAGAAAUGAAGGAGAUUCCUUUCAAUGAAGAACCCAAUCCCAAUCCUCAUUCAUCAGGACCCUCCACCCCUCUGAAAAACCAAAUCUAUUCCUUUUCACCUUCCAAGUCCUACAGUCGACAGUCCUCUUCUUCUGACACAGAUUUGAGUUUGACACCCAAAACUGCAUUUUCCCCACAGGGACCUAGGAUUUUCCUGUUUCCCAGUUCCCCAACUCUGUCUAGUGAUUCCUUACAGCUUAAACAGCCCCGUCUCCUCUCUGGGUCUAGCCCUAACCCUCUUCACUCUAGCCAUGCCAACCCAGUUCUGAGAAAAAGUGUUUCUUUCACUGAAGAGUUGCUUCUGACUGCUUCUGGAAUGGGCAGUGGGAGUGCUGGAAAAGAAGGGGGACCACUAAAAGCUCUGUUAAGACAACAGACCCAAUCAGCUCUGGAGCAAAGGGGAGGAUCGCCUCAUAGGUUCUGUAGAAGGCGGGACAAGGAGCUGGAGGAAAUGGGUAGAGCUGAGAUAUUAAAGCAGAAGCAUGAGGAAUUUCCUUUUUUUACUUUGACGGCCUUUCCUCCAGGCUUCCUUCUCCACGUAGGUGGUGUUGUCAGCGCCCGUUCAGUGAAGCUCUUGGAUCGUAUUCAUAAUCCUGCCUGUGUCGGAAUUAUGGGUAACACAAGAUCAUACAAACUGCUAGACUGGAAUAGUUUCAAUUCAGAUGAUCCAGAGACAAGAGAUGCUUGGUGGGCAGAAAUCCGUCAAGAAAUAAAAUCUCAUGCAAAGGCAUUGGGUUGUCAUGCAGUAGUGGGCUACAGCGAAUCAACUAGCAUUUGUGAAGAGGUCUGUAUUUUGUCUGCAUCUGGCACAGCAGCUGUACUGAACCCUAGGUUCCUGCAAGAUGGCACCAUGGAAGUCUGUUUGGAACAAAGGUUAUCAUGGCAGCCUGGAUACUUUUCCAUAGGGUCAGAGAAGGGAGAGGUUGAUUUUUUUCCUCAAAACCAGGAUAGUUCUCCUCUAUUAGGAUUGGAAGAAACAUCACCUCCAGGCUGUGGCUUUUGCCACAUUCCUUAUGAUGAGCUCAACAUGCCAUUCCCUGCUCACCUCACUUACUGUUGCAACUGUCGGAAACAAAAAGUCCCUGAUGUUAUUUUCACGACAAUCGAUCUGCCUGUGGAUGCCAUGGUGAUUGGGAAAGGGUGCCUCAUUCAAGCCAGGCUGUGUCGGCUGAAGAAGAAAGCCCAAGCUGAAGCAAAUGCCACCGCCAUCAGUAAUCUGCUGCCAUUUAUGGAAUAUGAAGUACAUACUCAGCUCAUGAAUAAGCUAAAGCUGAAGGGAAUGAAUGCACUUUUUGGGCUGAGGAUCCAGAUCACAGUGGGAGAAACCAUGUUAAUGGGAUUGGCAUCUGCUACAGGUGUGUAUCUGAGUGCUUUACCGACUCCUGGCGGCAUUCAGAUCGCUGGAAAGACACCAAACGAUGCCACUUAUGAACAACAUAUCUCACAUGUGCAGAAGAAAAUAAAUGAUACAAUAACCAAAAAUAAGGAGCUUUAUGAUAUUAAUCCUCCUGAGGCAUGUGAAGAAAUCAUAGGGUCGCCCAUUCCAGAACCAAGGCCCCGCACUAGGCUGUUAAGAUCUCAGUCUGAAAGUUCAGAUGAAAUUACAGAACUGGAUCUCUCGCAUGGAAAGAAAGAUGCUUUUGUCUUGGAGAUUGAUGAUACAGAUGCAAUGGAAGAUGUUCAUUCACUAUUGACAGAUAUUCCCCCGCCUUCAGGAUUUUAUAGCUGCAACACAGAAAUUAUGCCUGGUAUAAAUAACUGGACUUCUGAUAUACAGAUGUUCACAUCAGUGAGAGUCUCCAGACUUACCAAUACUUCCCUAACAAAUCAAUCACUCAACAAGACUUUUAAUGAUCUCUGUGAAAAUUUAUUGAAAAGCCUGUAUUUCAAACUUCGAUCUAUGAUUCCUUGUUGCCUGUGCCAUGUGAAUUUUACAGUUGCACUUCCAGAGGAUGAAAUAAUUCAGGUCACUGUCACUGCAGUUGCAAUAACUUUCGACAAACACCAAGCUUUACAGACAGCCAAAACACCUGCAGAAAAAACAGUACAAAGAGCUUCUACAGACAAUGAAGAGCAGCUACAAUUUCCUCUGGAGCUUUCUUCUGAUCCUCAUGCUCCUCAGCAAUUCUCACCAGCUAAAGAGGACCUGGAGAAUGCAAGUUCCCAAACAGGUAUACCAGCUGCCCAAAGAGCAACAUCAGUUGAUUACAGUUCCUUUGCAGACAGAUGCAACAGCUGGAUAGAAUUCAUUAAACUGAAAGCUCAGACCAUAAGGCGUGGAUCAAUUAAGACAACCGUAUCAAUUGACAAGCCAAGUCCCCUGAUCGAAGGACAAUCCCGUAACCGCUCUGGCCCGUCUGGCUUUUGCUCCGUAGUGCCAGUUGUUAAGAUGACGCCACUUUCUUUUAUCCCUGGGGCAAAAAUAACAAAAUAUCUUGGAAUAAUCAAUAUGUUUUUUAUACGAGAAACCACUUCUUUGCGGGAGGAAGGUGGUGUGAGUGGCUUUCUCCAUGCUUUCAUUGCUGAAGUGUUUGCAAUGGUGAGAGCUCACGUGGCUGCUCUUGGGGGAAAUGCUGUUGUAUCAUACAUCAUGAAACAGUGUGUUUUUAUGGAGAACCCCAACAAAAACCAGGCCCAGUGCCUAAUAAAUGUAAGCGGAGAUGCAGUAAUCUUUAUACGGGAAACUGAAUUAGAAGGGGCACAAGUCCAGCCCCCGAUCAGCAACUCUCAGCCCACAAGUACAAGAGAGAUUACAACAUGAGGACAAGCGGUGGCUGUAAUUUAUGUCAAGAUUCCAUCCAGAUUGUCAGAAGGCAAGGCUUUGAUUCGUUUCUUUAUCGGCAACACUCCAUGUGUCAAGAACAGCAACGUCUUCAGGCAAUCAGUAAAAUAUUAUCCAUCCAUCAGAUUAAUAAAAGCUAAGGAAUCAUUUAACAAGCCCUCUGUUCCUGAAAGAAGAUCUGUCUAAAGAAAGAGCUGUAAAUAGCAGAUGUUCCUCAGACCCGAGGUCAUCAGGAUAUUGCCAUGCAUUUCACAGGCCAGGAUGGAAAUCAAACUUGGAAUCACUGUCAGAAGCAGAUGUUGCUAAUUCUGAGCUGGAGAAGGCAGGGCUUUGUAACGCAACUGGAAUAUGACUGAGAAAUUCCGAUCUCAAAUCUUUUGGACAAAGGAAGAGCUGGUUUCCCCAGUAUUGCCAAAUAUGUGACAUGAACUGGACAAUCUGGAAGUAGCUGCAUGUUAGAGUACACCUUUUUCAUGUUUGUGAGCUAUUGAAUAUUUUUCUACUGUACAUUUUUUAUUUUAAAUCGUUGAAUGCCAUUAUGGUGAAUUGACUGGUUCAGAUAUAUUGCCAUUUAGUGUUUCUGCAACAGUCUGCUGUACAGAGUCAGUGAAACCUCCCUGCAUGUCAAGACAAAAUCAAAUUUUUGUAUUUGGCAGGUUGUAGAAGUCACCCACCCACCUACCCACCCACAACUGACCCUAAAUGCAGUAGUUAGAAAGAUAAGGACAACUGGAUACAUAGAACUAAGUAAUUUAUCAUACACAUUAGAAGAUUUUGAUAAAAGAUUAGAAGCCUGGAAAUCUAAGAAAUGACUGAUAAUGGAUGUAAUCCCACACAGGGAAGGAAAAACACAUGCAUACAACCAAAGAUGUUUUGAAAGUUACCACAGCUGCAGGUACCUGGUGAAAGAGGAAAGCCCAUUUUCCUCUUCCACCAGGUAUCAGCUGCUGCAGGAAAGCUUUGUAGCUGCUCAUAGAUACCUGUUGUCCUGCACUCAGACACAAGGAUGAAUAUAGGUUGGUGCACAGCCAAAAUGUUUUGAUGGCCUCAAAUAUGGAACUUGAAGAAAUUGUGUAAACUUGAAUGUAAAUAGAAGAUGUCUUACUGGAUAUAGGUACAGAAAUUAUAUAUUAUUUGUCCAGUUCAGAGAUUCCAUUGUAAAUGAGGAUGAUGAAAAUCACAUUCCUGUUUGUGUAAUAAACUAUCUUUAUUAAA